AUGAAAAAGGCCGAGAACUUCCGUGACCAUCUUUAUAUGCAUUUAAUGAAAAAUUAUUGUUAUCGUUUUGGCAUCGAGAAUUGUGAGAGAUCUCGUAUCGAAAAGGGUAUCGAAGAUUUUAAACCGGUAUUGCAAACCUACCAUGACAUUUUGCACCUUCCAGAACUCAUCCCAACUCUUUUGUUUGACCUUCAUAAGCGUUGUAAGGGCGAUGAAAGUGUUCUCCGUUAAUUAAGACACCCCUUUGCCUUUCUUUUCACUCGCCGAACCUCUGGAAUCAGAUAAAUUUCCGUCGACCCAGAUCCAGAGUCUCCAGAAGUCAGUCGAUGGAAUGGCGUCGGCGUUUUUCUGUCGGGAAACUCUCCUUUACUGGCUGACUAAUCUUGUGGCCGCGUUCUUCCUUUCGGCCGCUCAUAAUGUUCUUUACUUUGUACUGGACAUCAGAACUCCGGUUCUGCAUUUUCUCCAUCAUUUCCUGACCUUCGUCUUCCUUUCUUAUCAUACUUUUGUGUUGAAAAGAUGGCCCCAAAAGAAGAGGAUCCCCAAGCUGAGCGGAGUGGUCCCCAGUGUAUUUCCGGCGGUGAUUUUACAAUUAAUUUGCACUAUUUUGUCAUCCAGAAUCCAUUCGCAGAACAGAACUGGAAGCCUCUAUUUAUUGAGGUGAGAAUUUUAUAAUUUGAAUGAGCUUCCGUUUUAGGAUAUCAGACUUUCUGAUCACGAUCACGGUACUCCUGUUGUCAUCAAAAAUGAAGGGGAUCUCUCAAUCUCGGCCUUAUUGGAGUCAUACUGUAAGUUUUCUUUCCUUUUUCGUUUAUUUUCAGCUUCCCAUCGCCCUUUCUGCAUCUUUGUCCUGGCUGGAGUUUUCCCAUAUCGAAUACGAUGGGAUGGCUAUGUUUUUGUCCCCAAUGCAUGGAAUUCUCCAAGGAUUACAUCUAGUGUUACUUAACAGAGCAUAUCAUAUUACAAGCAGUGUUGUGGACCUCGAAAGUUUCUCCCUGAUCUAUACAGGAAUGGUAUCCGCAUUCUUAAGUUUGCCAGCAUUGGUGUCUUAUAAGCUGUCUGUUAUCUCGUAUGAUGCAAGUUGGGAGUCCAUUGAUUAUGUAAGUAGUGAUUACAAUAAACUAUUUAUUCCCAGGUGAUGAUGGGGAUGUCCUUGAUCUACAUGGCUGUCUUCAAGUACAGUGAACUCUGGCUUCUCACUCAGACAGAUCUUCGGACCUACUGUAUUCUGGAGCAUUCCAAGUAUUUCUUGGCUAGUUGUGGCCAAUGGUUUCUGCAAAAUAUGGCCCAUGCCACAGUCUACGCAUUAUGUGGGAAGCUUCUUUUCCUGGGCUCUUUAUGUCGAUAUUGGGGCUAUAUUCGGACAAGAUUAUAG